AGUGCUGAUUGGAACUGACGUCGUGUUGAAAUACAUUAUUCAUCGCUUGUCAUGCCAAACACCUCAUCUGUGAAAGUGAUCGUACACCUUCUAUAUAAACCAGCCAACAAUGAGUCCAUAUCAUCCGAAUUCGAGAGACUACUCAAGAUGAGACUGCUCGUGGUGUUCCUCCUGAUGGCUUUGAUUGUUUUCCCCACCGAGGGUCGUCGUCGUCGUCGCAGAUGGCUCCGUAUCAGAGGCAGAAAGAUUCUUACUGGCCUUGCUGUUGCUAGCAAACUGGGACUGAUAGGAAAGAGAGAUGUGCAAAAUGAACUUACCUCUGCUGAUCUGAAUAAGGAUGGGAACAUUGACCAAACAGAAGCUGAGAAUCUCUUCGAUAAACGCGAUGCGGAACAAAUCCUUGAAAUGCUUGACAUAGAUGGUGACUCAGUUGUAAAUCAUGAUGAGUUCAUCCGAGCAGUGGAAGACCUUUUCUCUCAGGAUGCUGCAUAGAUACAUUCGACACAAAUCCAAGAUGAAAUAACAUGUCAGUUUUUCUACACUGAUGUUUGAAAAUAAAUCAUUGCUGAACAAA